UACCUUAAAGCCUUCAGAAUUGUCUUUAUAAGUGCACUCUGCACUCACUUCAUUCCUCACUCAAUUCCUAAACUAGAAAACAUCAAUCAUAGUUCAUACCAAAAACCUAUAUGCAUGGAUCAGAUCCGUCUUCUUUGCCUGUUCUCAAUCUUCUAUGUGGCAUCAGUAGUGGUGGGAAUUGGGUAUGCGAAUGGGGCCGAUGAUGGCAAGUUCCGGAUGUCUUACUGGAAUACAGCUUUCCCAAAAUCUCCAUUGCCUUCCAAAGCUGUACAACAACUUCUAAACCUUGCAGGUGAAACAAGUAACACGGGGUUUGGAAAGCAAGCUCUAAAUCUUGCACCAGAAAUACCAAUAAAUAGUUAUGGAUCCUCUAAAGAAGAAACUCCAGCGGAGCCAGAUUUAACUACAUUCUUCCAAGGACAAGAUCUUCAACAAAAGGGAAAAACAGUGACACUGCGACUCUUGAAACCCACAAGUAACAAGGCAACUCUUUUGUCUCGCCAAGUUGCAAAGUCCAUUCCAUUUUCAAGCAGCAAACUCCCAGAAAUCCUAACCUACUUUGGAGUGAAACCCAACUCACUGGCUGCAGGUCUAAUGAAACAAACAAUCGAAGAGUGUGAGGCACCGGCCAUUAAACGUGAAGGCAAGUAUUGCCUGACAUCGCUGGAAUCCUUGAUCGAUUUCACGGUUUCAAAUCUCGGCAAGGACGUCGGAGUUUAUACAACUGAGGCCGAAACCGAUAAGAAACAAGAGUAUAGCAUUGAGACUACUGGAGUCCAAAGUAUUGGAGACAAGAUUAUUGUGUGCCAUAAGGAGAACUAUGUUUAUGGUGUGUUUUACUGCCACAUAUUCUAUGACAGAACAACAAAGGCUUACAUGGUUCCGUUGGUGAGUGCAGAUGGAGCUACCAAAGCCAAAGCAGUAGCUGUUUGCCAUAUGGAUACCGCUAGCUGGAACCCUAAGAAUGUGGCCUUUCGAGUCCUCAACAAGAAGCCGGGAAAUACAGUCCAUGUCUGUCAUUUUCUAGGCACUACUAGUCUUUUGUGGGUUCCGAUGUAAUGCAGGCCAAUCCAUAGAACUCACCAUGUAUUUAUACUUUAGGUAGGCCAUCAAAAUAAGUUAGGACUUCUAUCUAUCAACCUAUAUGGGAUAUGUGCAUUUACCGUUUGGGCUAUAAAAAUAAGUUAGGACUUAGGACUUGUAUCUAUCAACCAAAGUCCGGAAUUGUGAAAAAUGUAUUGACCCUUUUGUUGUUAUGAAGUUUCUCGUUUUGUGAUUU